CCCACGCCUCCGCCCCACGCGCCCACUUUGACCAACCCAUCCAUCCAUCGAUCGAUCGCGAUAUACAAAUCGAGCAAGCGAUCCCAUUCCCAAAUCCCAAUUCAUCCUCGAGCACGCGGCCUUCACGAAGAAGAAGAAGACCCCCCUUGUUGCUGCCAGGUGACUGCAGCCAUGGCGGGGCGGCGGGGGGCCGGCGCCGCGGUGGCCGCGUGGUGGUGCGCCGUCGGCCUGCUGCUGGGCGCGUGCCUCGCCGGCCAGACCAGCGAGUACCGGCGCCGGCUCGGCUCCGCCGUCGACAUGCCGCUCGACGCCGACGUCUUCCGCGCCCCGCCCGGCCACAAUGCGCCCCAGCAGGUCCACAUCACACAAGGCAAUCAUGAUGGCACAGCCAUGAUAAUCUCAUGGGUGACAACAAGUGAGCCAGGUUCAAGCACUGUGCUCUACGGGACUGCAAAGGAUAACCUUAAUUUCUCUGCAAAUGGAAAACACACUCAGUAUACAUUCUACAACUACACAUCAGGAUAUAUUCACCACUGUACAGUUAAAAACUUGGAGUUUGACAGAAAAUAUUACUAUGCUGUUGGGAUUGGACAAACCGUGAGGAAGUUUUGGUUCAGAACCCCUCCGAAAAGUGGCCCAGAUGUUCCGUAUACAUUUGGCCUCAUAGGUGACCUUGGUCAGAGCUUCGACUCAAAUAUUACGCUUGCUCAUUAUGAAUCCAAUUCAAAGGCGCAAGCAGUGCUUUUCGUUGGGGACCUGUCUUAUGCAGAUAACUACCCAUAUCAUGAUAAUGUGAGGUGGGAUACAUGGGCAAGAUUUGUAGAGAGGAAUGUUGCUUACCAGCCUUGGAUCUGGACAGCUGGAAAUCAUGAGAUAGAUUUUGCUCCAGAACUAGGUGAAACAAAGCCAUUCAAGCCAUACAGCUACAGGUACCCCACGCCUUAUAAGGAUUCCGGUAGUACGGCCCCUUACUGGUAUUCCGUAAAAAGGGCAUCUGCUUAUAUUAUCGUCUUGGCAUCAUAUUCAUCAUAUGGAAAGUAUACACCUCAAUACAAGUGGCUUGAAGCCGAGUUUCCCAAGGUUAACAGGAGUGAAACACCAUGGUUGAUCGUGCUGAUGCAUGCUCCAUGGUACAACAGCUAUAACUAUCACUACAUGGAAGGUGAAACCAUGAGAGUAAUGUACGAGCCGUGGUUCGUAAAGUACAAAGUUGAUCUCGUGUUUGCAGGACACGUGCAUGCUUAUGAACGGACGCACAGAAUAUCAAACGUCGCAUACAACAUUGUGAAUGGCCUGUGCACUCCAGUCCACGAUCAAUCUGCCCCCGUCUACAUAACCAUCGGCGACGGAGGAAAUCAGGAAGGACUGGCCACCAACAUGACGGCGCCGCAGCCUGCCUACUCGGCCUUCAGGGAGCCCAGCUUCGGGCACGCCAUCCUGGACAUCAAGAACAGGACGCACGCGUACUACGCGUGGCACCGCAACCAGGACGGCAGCGCCAUGGCGGCCGACUCCAUGUGGUUCACCAACCGAUACUGGCAGCCGACGGACGACUCCUUCGACAAUUCCCAGUGAUCGACAUCCACACGGAUGACUCUUGGUGCUGUGGUUAUUCGACGUGAAUAAGCGCUGGCUCGAUCUGAACACGCACUACAGCCUCCGAUGCAUGCAGGCAUCGUGAUGUAGCUAGGUUCUCUCGGCUCCUGCUGCUUCGUCUUUGUAUGAUCGGAGUGGUUUUCCACUCAACUGUGUGCCUGCGUUAAUGUGGUAAUCCUGUGUAUAGAAACGAAACACGCUUGCAGCGAGAGAAAAGAACUAUGCGGUAAGUGCGGAAUCGAUUGGUUUGUGUUGUUACUGUGCUCCUCUGGAUGCUGAAUAAAUCACGUGGUUUCGUGGGCA